GGUGAGACAAGAUGAGAGCUAAAGAAAGCUUCGCCUCACCCCAAGUUGCCGAGCCGGGCUGAGGACUUUUCGGAGGAAAGGGUCCGCCUAGCCUUGAGUCAAGCAGCCUUACUGUACCGCCGUGUGCAUUCCCUCAUACGAUCGAGCCUGCGUGCUGCCGAAGCAGGGCGCCGAGUCCAUGCGAACUGCCAUCUGAUCCGCUCUUAUCAAUGAAGCAGCCGAUCAUGGCGGAUGGCCCCCGGUGCAAGAGACGCAAACAAGCCAAUCCCAGGAGGAAAAACGUGGUGAACUAUGACAAUGUAGUGGACACGGGUUCUGAAACUGAUGAAGAAGACAAGCCUCAGAUUGCUGAGGAGGACGGGAUUGCUAACCCUCUGGACCAGGAGAGAAGUCCAGCUAGCGUGCCCAACCAUGAGUCCUCCCCACACGUGAGCCAAGCUCUGUUGCCAAGAGAGGAAGAGGAAGAUGAGAUAAGAGAGGGUGGAGUGGAACAUGCCUGGCACAACAGUGACAUUCUACAAGCCUCUGUAGAUGGGCCAGAAGAAAUGAAGGAAGACUAUGACACUAUGGGGCCGGAAGCCACGAUCCAGACCACAGUUAACAAUGGUACAGUUAAGAAUGCAAAUUGCACAUCAGACUUUGAGGAAUACUUUGCCAAAAGAAAACUGGAGGAACGCGAUGGUCAUGCAGUCAGCAUCGAAGAGUACCUUCAGCGCAGUGAUACAGCCAUCAUUUACCCAGAAGCCCCCGAGGAGCUGUCUCGCCUUGGCACGCCAGAGGCCAAUGGGCAGGAAGAAAAUGACCUGCCACCUGGAACUCCAGAUGCUUUUGCCCAACUGCUGACCUGCCCCUACUGCGACCGGGGCUACAAGCGCUUGACAUCACUGAAGGAGCACAUCAAGUACCGCCACGAGAAGAAUGAAGAGAACUUUUCCUGCCCUCUGUGUAGCUACACGUUUGCCUACCGCACCCAGCUCGAGCGGCAUAUGGUGACGCACAAGCCAGGGACAGAUCAGCACCAAAUGCUGACCCAAGGAGCAGGUAAUCGCAAGUUCAAAUGCACAGAGUGUGGCAAGGCCUUCAAAUAUAAACACCAUCUGAAGGAACACCUGCGAAUCCACAGUGGUGAAAAACCGUACGAGUGCCCCAACUGCAAGAAACGUUUCUCCCAUUCUGGUUCCUACAGUUCACACAUCAGCAGCAAGAAAUGUAUUGGCUUAAUCUCUGUAAAUGGCCGAAUGAGAAACAAUAUCAAGACAGGUUCUUCUCCUAAUUCUGUUUCUUCUUCUCCUACUAAUUCAGCCAUUACCCAGUUAAGAAACAAAUUGGAGAAUGGAAAACCACUUAGUAUGUCUGAACAGACAGGCUUACUUAAAAUUAAAACAGAACCACUAGACUUCAAUGACUAUAAAGUUCUUAUGGCCACACAUGGGUUUAGUGGCGCUAGUCCUUUUAUGAAUGGUGCACUUGGAGCCACCAGCCCUUUAGGAGUUCAUCCGUCUGCUCAGAGUCCAAUGCAGCACUUAGGUGUAGGGAUGGAAGCCCCUUUACUUGGAUUUCCCACAAUGAAUAGUAAUUUAAGCGAGGUACAAAAGGUUCUACAGAUUGUGGACAACACAGUUUCCAGACAAAAAAUGGACUGCAAGGCUGAAGAAAUUUCCAAGUUGAAAGGUUAUCACAUGAAGGAUCCAUGCUCUCAACCUGAGGAACAAGGUGUUACUUCUCCUAAUAUUCCACCCGUAGGUCUUCCAGUAGUGAGUCAUAAUGGUGCCACUAAAAGUAUUAUUGACUACACGCUAGAAAAAGUCAAUGAAGCCAAAGCUUGCCUCCAGAGCUUGACUACUGACUCAAGGAGACAGAUCAGUAAUAUAAAGAAAGAGAAGCUACGUACUUUAAUAGAUUUGGUCACCGAUGACAAAAUGAUUGAGAACCACAACAUAUCCACUCCAUUCUCCUGCCAGUUCUGUAAAGAAAGUUUUCCUGGCCCCAUUCCUUUGCAUCAGCAUGAACGUUACCUUUGUAAGAUGAAUGAAGAGAUCAAGGCAGUCCUGCAACCCCAUGAAAACAUAGUCCCCAACAAAGCUGGAGUUUUUGUUGAUAAUAAAGCCCUCCUCUUGUCAUCUGUACUUUCUGAGAAAGGAAUGACAAGCCCCAUCAACCCAUACAAGGACCACAUGUCUGUACUUAAAGCAUAUUAUGCUAUGAACAUGGAGCCCAACUCUGAUGAACUGCUGAAAAUUUCCAUUGCUGUGGGCCUCCCUCAGGAAUUUGUGAAGGAAUGGUUUGAGCAACGAAAAGUCUACCAGUACUCAAAUUCCAGGUCACCAUCACUGGAAAGGAACUCCAAGCCGUUAGCUCCCAACAGUAACCCUCCCACAAAAGACUCUUUAUUACCCAGGUCUCCCGUAAAACCCAUGGACUCCAUAACGUCACCAUCUAUAGCAGAACUCCACAACAGUGUUACGAAUUGUGACCCUCCUCUCAGGCUAACAAAACCUUC